UUAGGAUAAAAACAGAGGAAGAAAACGAAGCAGAAGGAGCCGAAUUGUGGCUGUUCCCUACUGGUUUAAUUGAAUGAGGCUAAAGAGCAGCUAAAGUUUGUGUUUGCUCAUUAAAACAUUAAAAAGAAAUACGUCCAGUAUUCAGUCAGAAAGUCUCAGACUGAGGGGUGACGAGCUGGCGCAGGUCGUGGGCUGUCCGUGGACAAUGCGAGACAAUGGCGGGAGCCUGGCCCAGAACCGCUGGCAGGGGGACCUGGGGUUGACUGCUGUGGGGCAGGACAGCACUGGAGGAGGAGGAAUUCCCGGAGACCACCUCAUUGUCCCUGUGUCAGGCCACAGUGUAUCCAGCCCCAUGCACCUCAGGCUUGGGCAGAAAGAAAAACUGUGGACAGGAGAGUAUGUAGAAGACGAGGAAGAGGAUGGGCCGGGUGGGAUUGAAGCAAUUGGUGAUGAAGAGAUAAAAAAUCUGUAUGAAGAUGAUGUUGAGGGUUUUGAAGGCAAAGGCUGGGAAAACGAUGAAGAGGAAGAUGGGGAUGGGGAUGAGAUGGAAGAAAGUGAGGAGCAGGAGUUGGUGGAGUGGGAAGUUUCAGAGUUUCCUUGCCAGUCAAGUCGAUUACAUCAACACCAAGAUCAUGGACCACAACAUAGUGAAGAAAAACUUGGUGAUCCCUCUGUAGAAAAUAUUGUCUCCCAGGCUGAGGUCAGGGGUUUGUUUGGGUCCCAGUUCAGCAGAUACAGGGCCUUGAAGAGGCUGAGACGCUUGCGUCGCUUGCGUCCCCAUGGAGUUAUUGGAUUUCACCUCGCCAAGAACUGGAAAAGCUGGCGCCAGAAGGCUCGAUGGAUCACCUUAGCAGGGCACCAGUGGGGUGGAAGAGGGCAAAAGCACAGUUUGUACGGCAGACAAAGGAGGACAAAAAAAUAUCAACCACGUUACAAUGAUGAAGAGGAUGAUAGCCAAGAGGAGCGGUUAACAGAUAUGCAGUUAAACGGCCCUUCAAACAAGCAGGAUGAAAAAAUGAGACGCGACAUCAGACCAGUGGAAGUGGCUCUUAGUGAAGAACACACAAAAUGUGUAACUGGUAUUCUUGAAGAGUCUCUGCACCAGUAUGGCAGUUUGAUUCCCAUCCAUGUUGAUGACGUCGUGGGAAAGCUUCAAGAUGUUUUCCAUGACAACUUCUCACAACCACACAGGAAAGCAAUGGUCCAGCAUCUCAUUCAGUCCUUUCAGCGUUCAUCUGGAUCCGCUGUGGCUAAAACAUUCAGAGUCAACUACAAGCGCCAUGUUUUGACCAUGGAUGACCUGGGCACUUUGUAUGGACAGAAUUGGCUCAAUGACCAGAUUAUGAACAUGUACGGUGACCUCGUGAUGGAUUCUGUUCCAGACAAGGUCCACUUUUUCAACAGCUUCUUUUAUGAUAAGCUCAGGACUAAAGGAUACGAAGGAGUUAAACGGUGGACAAAAAAUGUGGACAUCUUUCAGAAAGAUAUGUUGUUGAUUCCCAUCCACCUGGAAGUCCACUGGUCAUUGGUCAGUGUUGACAUUCCACGUCGUACCAUCACCUACUUUGACUCUCAGCGGACCCUCAACAGGCGCUGUCCAAAGCAUAUUUUCAAAUAUCUCCAAGCUGAGGCCAUAAAGAAAGACCAACGAGACUUUUUGACGGACUGGAAAGGCUUUUUUAAAAUGAAUGUGGGUCGCCAGAACAACGACAGUGACUGUGGAGCUUUUGUACUGCAGUACUGCAAGUGUUUGGCGCUUGGACAGCCGUUUAACUUUGGGCAGCAGGAUAUGCCCCGACUAAGGAGGCAAAUGUACAAAGAACUGUGCCACUGCAAGCUCACCCUGUGACCUUGCACCCCUAACUCGGAUCCUAACAACACAGAGGGACAUCGAUACAUCAGAAGGACAAAAAGAGUAAACAAUUGGCUGGACAACAGAACAUCUUCCAAGCAAACGGGGACCUCAUGAACCAGGCAGACAAAUUACUUCUACCACAUUUAUCAUAGUUUCCUAUUUGAUAAGUCUUUUGUUCCCUCUGCCCUUUAAAAAUGUAUUUGGGGUUCUGACAUCUUGUGGUACUGUUUGACAGAGACCAAGACAAGUUUCAGUUCAGUGAUUGGCUUAGUCAUCUUGUUCUAGUUCACUUAUUGUUCAGUCUAGACUGAAUCAGAAACAGUAGGAGGGCGGAGAACGAAUCCAGAUCAAAAAAAGCUUGUCCUGCAGUAAAAUCUACUUUUAUGUAACGAUGUACAAUGAUCUGAAGAAGUCUGUGUAAGCUUGUGAUUGAACAGUACCUGUCAGUUUUCCAUUCAUUGUCCAUCUCUGCAGAUGUUUUAGCAAAUCCAACACUAACGCCACACAAACUGAAAUGCUAGAGCAUUGGGGGUUUUUUUUGGACAUUGACAUCUGUGUAGUACAGUGUGGCGUUUUAUUGUGUUCUUUAUUUUUUUAAGACAUCAGUCAGUGUGUUUUAGCAGGAUUGGACCUAAGGAAUUCUGCUGCCAGAAACCAGCCUUCUUGUGUUUGCAGAAGGAAUAAGAACUUGUACAUUUUUGAAGAACACUGUUACCUGGCUCAGCUGCCCGACCAUGUUCUGUCCUUUCCAGUAAAACAAAUGAAAUAGCUAAGUGUGACAGAUCUGAUUUGCAUCUGUCGGAUAGCAGCCUAAAUAAAGCAUAUUGAUACGACCCAGAACCAGGGGGUACCUUUUCGUUUCAUUUAUCUUUUUGUGUUUUUAUUGCUGUCAGUAAAUGUGGUGAUACUUAUUGCUUUAAACAAAUGGUGUAAAAAAACAACUUUAAAUUUGUUCUUUUGGAGUAAGUUCAAAAUGUUCUGUUUAGUAUUUCUUUGAAAAUAAGCCAUUUUGGUAAGGACCACAACAGCUACACAACAGGCACGGUAUACCCACAAUGGAGUUGCAGUGCUUUUCUCUUUUUUAUAAUAAAAGACAAACUUGUGGAUAGCUGUCUUUUUGUUUUUGCAUUUUUUCGGAGUGGAUACGAAAGAGUUGUUUUCUAUAUCUUAUAAAAUGCAUUAUGGUUGGUUUAAAAAUAAAAAAAUGUGGCAAACAAA